UAGUUGGAGCCGAGUAACUGAAAAUGCACGAUGAGUUCAGAAAUUGAGGAGCAUAUAACUAGGAAGUAUGAAAUUAAGAAACGACUCGGGAAGGGGGCAUAUGGCAUUGUGUGGAAAGCCAUUGAUAGGAAGACAGGUGAGGUAGUUGCAGUCAAGAAAAUUUUUGAUGCUUUCAGAAAUCAGACAGAUGCACAGAGAACGUUUCGUGAAAUUAUGUUCUUGCAGGAAUUUGGUGAUCACCCAAAUAUAGUGAAAUUACAUAAUGUACUAAAGGCUGAUAAUGACAAAGAUAUUUACUUGAUAUUUGAGUUCAUGGAUACAGACCUUCAUGCUGUCAUCAAGAAAGGCAAUAUACUGAAAGAUGUACACAAAAGAUAUAUUAUGUAUCAGUUACUGAAAGCAACCAAGUAUAUGCAUUCUGGUAAUGUUAUACACAGAGAUCAAAAGCCGUCCAAUAUUUUACUCGACAGUGAAUGUUUUGUUAAAGUAGCAGACUUUGGUCUAGCUAGGUCGAUAACACAGUUAGAAGAGGAGGAAUCUACCAAUCCAGCAUUAACUGAAUAUGUGGCAACAAGGUGGUAUAGAGCACCUGAAAUAUUACUAGCAUCAAAAAGGUAUACCAAAGGUGUUGAUAUGUGGAGCAUAGGAUGCAUACUAGGUGAAAUGGUGUUAGGAAAACCUUUAUUUCCUGGUUCAUCUACAUUAAAUCAAUUAGAAAGAAUACUAAGUACAAUACAAUUACCAACCAGAGAUGAUAUUAUAUCUAUCCAGUCUGAAUAUGGGGCAUCAUUAUUGGAUAGAAGUAUUGUCAAACAUAGAAAAGAAUUUGAAGAAAUUUUACAUAAAGCUCCUUUAGAUGCAGUUGAUUUAAUUAGGAAGUUACUUUAUUUUAAUCCGGAUAAAAGAUUAACAGCAGAAGAAGCACUGGAACAUCCAUAUGUGGCAAGGUUUCAUAACCCAGCUGAUGAACCAGCGUUAGACUAUGAUGUAUUGCCUCCACUGGAUGACUAUAUUCAACUUACUGUACAGGAAUAUAGAAGUAAACUUUAUGAGAUGAUCAAAGAAAAGAAAGCCAGGAUGCGAAGGCAAAGACGAGACAGUGUAGAUCACAAAGAACCACAUCGUCCUCCCCCAUCACCUCCCCGACCUCCAGCUUCCCCAGCAAGACCCCCUGCAUCACCUCGUCAUUAUCAUCCUCCGAGACCACCCCCAACAUCAUCAGCAUCGGAGCCAAUUCUGAAUGACCAGCAUGCAGGUCUUUAUCAUUAUCAGAAACCACGGGUUAAAUCAGCAACACAGUAUUAUCAAGCGCCAUCCAAAAGUGGAAGUUACCAUGGUUACUUACCCAAUGGUACAAUAGCGCAUACUUCCAGCCAAUCAGUACACAAACCUCCAAAUCGCAGUCACAGUGCUGGGUCUUCCGGUAAUAUGUACAGAACAAGCUCAGUACCAAAUGUGUUUGUGUAUGAGAAAUAUCCGUCCUAUACUGUCAAUAAACCUAAACCGCCAUCGUCUUCUAGCUCAAGUAGUUACAGUAAACCCACCAAGCCAUCAAGUGCACCUAGUCAUCCCCCUCACCGAAGUGUUCACCCAGCAGCGUCCAGACCGCUCACAAGGCAACGUGCUAGCAGUCUAGAAAAUGUGAAUGCAAGCGGUUAUGGAGACAGGCAUAAUUCAUAUAGCGGUAGUGGUCGGCUUGAGCGACAACGAAGUUAUGAAAAUAUUCAUUCCUCACAAGGUAGAAGUAAUUACUUUGAACGGCAAAGAAGUUAUGAAAAUCUUCACUCGUCUUCAGCACAGCGAUACAAUCAGGAUUACUAUUCAUCAAAUCCCAGACCAAGACCCGGAUCCGGAUCUGGAUCUGGAUCUGGCUCACAUCAGAGAACAAGAUCGUUUUCUGGUGGCACACGUGACAUGCGGAAUCAGUAUAACAGCACACCAACAAGUGGUCUCCAUGUGACAAGCUCCAGACUGGUACCUGGACAGCGAUCACCAUCAGCUCGUGGAGAUUCUGGUCGUGUUCGAUCAUCUGGUAGCUAUGGCAAACGUCAGUACUAUGGCAAAUCUAAUGAUAGUCCUCAUGGUGGUAGUGUCGCUGGCGGUGGAAGUCGUUCGGUGUUUGGUAGUUAUAGCCAGGCUCAUGGUACCAUCACGGCAAGUGGCUUGGCUAGUAUUAAGAAGUGGUAG